CGCACAACGAACAACUCCUUCUCUCCUCACCGCUAAACUUCAACCCAACUCACCUUUCCCUUUCUCCAUUCUUCCUCUCCGUCCCCAUUUCUUCGACGGUCUCUUAUCCUUUUGUUCAAUUUGAACUUUCCUAUUCCAUCUCUUUUCUACCCAUCCUAAGUAACUGUCCUCCAGCAAAUCAUCCACAAUGCGUGAAAUCGUUCACCUUCAGACCGGUCAGUGUGGUAACCAAAUUGGUGCUGCUUUCUGGCAAGGAAGAAGAGGACGCGUGUCUGAUUGGGAUAAUAGCUACAAUGGCUCCUCCGACCUCCAGCUGGAGCGUAUGAACGUCUAUUUCAACGAGGCCAACGGUGACAAGUAUGUUCCUCGUGCUGUUCUGGUCGAUCUCGAGCCCGGUACCAUGGACGCUGUCCGUGCCGGUCCCUUCGGCGAGCUCUUCCGUCCCGACAACUUCGUCUUCGGCCAGUCUGGUGCUGGUAACAACUGGGCCAAGGGUCACUACACCGAGGGUGCCGAGCUGGUCGACCAGGUUAUCGAUGUCGUCCGUCGCGAGGCUGAAGGCUGUGACUGCCUCCAGGGUUUCCAGGUCACCCACUCUCUCGGUGGUGGUACCGGUGCCGGUAUGGGUACCCUUCUGAUCUCCAAGAUCCGUGAGGAGUUCCCCGACCGUAUGAUGGCUACUUUCUCCGUUGUUCCCUCCCCCAAGGUUUCCGACACUGUCGUUGAGCCUUACAACGCUACCCUCUCCGUUCACCAGCUCGUUGAGCACUCCGAUGAGACCUUCUGUAUCGACAACGAGGCUCUGUACGACAUUUGCAUGCGCACCCUUAAGCUCUCCAACCCCUCGUACGGUGACCUGAACCACCUGGUCUCCGCCGUCAUGUCCGGCGUCACCACUUGCCUUCGUUUCCCUGGUCAGCUCAACUCUGAUCUGCGCAAGCUGGCUGUCAACAUGGUUCCCUUCCCUCGUCUGCACUUCUUCAUGGUCGGCUUCGCUCCUCUGACCAGCCGUGGUGCUCACUCUUUCCGCGCCGUCUCCGUUCCCGAGUUGACCCAGCAGAUGUUCGACCCCAAGAACAUGAUGGCAGCUUCUGACUUCCGCAACGGACGUUACCUCACCUGCUCUGCCAUUUUCCGUGGUAAGGUCUCCAUGAAGGAGGUCGAGGACCAGAUGCGCAACAUCCAGUCCAAGAACCAGAGCUACUUCGUUGAGUGGAUUCCCAACAACAUCCAGACCGCUCUGUGCUCCAUUCCCCCCGAGCUGUUCAAGCGUGUCGGUGAUCAGUUCACUGCUAUGUUCCGUCGCAAGGCUUUCUUGCAUUGGUACACUGGUGAGGGUAUGGACGAGAUGGAGUUCACUGAGGCUGAGAGCAACAUGAACGAUCUGGUCUCCGAAUACCAGCAGUACCAGGACGCCUCCAUCUCCGAGGGUGAGGAGGAAUACGGCGAGGAGGAGCCCCUCGAGGCUGAGGAGUAAAUUAUUUCCCUCUAGCCUUUCAGUGACGUGAAUUAAGAUCUGUUCACAGUAAUACCCCUGAUACAUAAGUCUACUUUCUCUCUGGCCUUGGCCUAGCUCGCAGGCUGCUGCUGCCAUACUGGACUAUUUUGCUCGAGCGUUUUUUUUUUAAUCUUCCUGUUCUUAAUUUCUUAUGGUCGCCAGGGCCUCUGAAAGUAUUGGACUCAAAUAGUACAAAGUUCAAAAGCAUUGUCGGCAAUCCUCCGUCAAUGGUCCACCCGGGCAGAUU